GAAAGCUGCCGCUGUUCGGAGGAGGCAUUACCGACGUUUCGUCUUUGACAGCCGGCCGGACACCUCUCCUUCGGGAAACAGUUCAGCUCAGCCCCGGACUCCGGUCCCGUGUCGUUGUCUGCGGACCCAACAGAGCGAGAUCUAAGGGGAAGCAGAGCAGACCCUACCCUCCUUGACUGGAGAGGGAAACAUUACUGCUGCUCCAGCCACAGAAACUGUGUUUUCCUCCAUCAUGCAGGCCUUCGCUCUUCUCCCCAUAGCCCCAAUCUUCCUCCUUUCUCUCGUCAUCCCUGCCUGCUCCGCCCAAAGCGAGGCAGAUUUCAUCGUCCAGACACGUAGCGGUCUAGUCCGUGGAACCCGCAUGCAAGUGCCGGACCGAAGCUUUGUGACUGCUUUCCUGGGCAUCCCCUUUGCAGAGCCACCAAUAGGAAAGCGCCGUUUCCGUCGUGCUGAACCAAAACGUUCAUGGCAAGGGAUACACGAAGCCAAUGCUUACCCCAAUGCGUGCUACCAGAUGGUGGAUACAUCAUUCCCUGGCUUCCAGGGCACUGAAAUGUGGAACCCCAACAGGGAGAUGAAUGAGGACUGUCUGUAUCUCAAUGUCUGGGUGCCUACCUCACCCAGACCACACAAUCUUACUGUAAUGGUGUGGAUCUACGGAGGGGGGUUCUACAGUGGGUCUUCUUCACUGGACGUGUAUGAUGGUCGUUAUCUAGCUCACAGUGAGACAGUCAUUGUGGUGUCCAUGAACUACCGAAUUGGAGCCUUUGGCUUCCUAGCCCUGCAUGGUUCAUCUGAGGCUCCCGGCAAUGUGGGUCUGCUGGACCAAAGACUGGCACUGCAGUGGGUACAAGACAACAUCCAUUCCUUUGGUGGAAAUCCGAAACAGGUUACUAUAUUUGGAGAAAGUGCUGGUGGUGCGUCAGUAGGAUUCCACCUCCUGUCUCCAGACAGCCGGUCUACCUUUACUCGCGCCAUCCUUCAGAGCGGGGUCCCCAACGCCCCCUGGGCCUCAGUCACCCCUGCUGAGGCCCGCAGACGGGCCACUCUGCUGGCAAAAUUAGUUGGCUGUAAUGGAGGCAAUGACACUGAGCUGGUGGACUGCCUUCGGGGUAAAACUGCACAGGACCUCAUCGACCAGGAGUGGCAGGUUCUGCCAUGGUCAGCCCUCUUCCGGUUUCCAUUUGUGCCUGUUGUGGAUGGUGAGGUUCUGCCUGACACUCCUGAGGCCAUGCUCAGCUCAGGCAACUUUAAAGACACUCAAAUCCUCCUUGGGGUCAACCAGGAUGAGGGAUCCUACUUCCUGCUGUACGGAGCCCCGGGCUUCAGCAAGGACAAUGAGAGCCUCAUCUCCAGAGAGGACUUCAUGGAAGGUGUCAAGCUCAGCGUACCACAUGCUAAUGAUAUUGGCCUGGAGGCAGUAGUGCUACAAUAUACUGACUGGAUGGAUGAGAAUAAUGGGUUCAAGAAUCGCGAUGCCAUGGACGACAUCGUGGGCGACCACAACGUGAUCUGCCCACUGGCCCACUUUGCUCGCUCCUAUGCCCAGCACACUGCCCUUAAGGCUAACAUUGGAGCAGUUGGAUCCGGGGUGGUGAACAGUGGAGCAAACCUACAAGGAGGGGUGUACCUCUAUCUUUUCGACCACAGAGCAUCCAAUCUUGCCUGGCCCGAGUGGAUGGGUGUAAUCCAUGGCUAUGAGAUUGAAUUUGUCUUUGGCCUACCACUAGAGAAGAGGCUCAACUAUACUCUAGAUGAGGAGAAACUGAGCCGACGCAUGAUGAGAUACUGGGCCAACUUUGCACGAACUGGAAAUCCAAAUGUGAACCACGAUGGGCUGUUAGACACCAGGAAGCGCUGGCCUCUGUUCACUGUCAGCGAGCAGAAACAUGUGGGACUCAACACUGAGCCAUUGAAGAUCCACAAAGGUAUGAGGAACCAGAUGUGUGCUUUCUGGAACCGCUUUCUGCCCCGCCUCCUGAACAUCACUGACAACAUCGAUGAGGCAGAGCGUCAGUGGAAAGUGGAAUUUCACCGCUGGUCCUCCUAUAUGAUGCACUGGAAGAGCCAGUUUGACCACUACAGCAAGCAGGAGCGCUGCACUGACCUCUGAGAGCUUCAGCAGAGAGAGAGAGAGAGAGAGAGGAGAGAAUGACAGGGAGGGGGGAAGCUGUAAACCAGGUCAUGGCCAAUUUCUCCAAUAGCCCCUCAGUGAAAUCUAAUUUCAUUCAUUUUAAUUUUUUAUUUAAUUGUAUUCUG